CAGGAUACUGCUGGCAAUUCUCCGUUUUCAUCUGGAUCCAGCGUAACAUCACCCUCUGGAACCAGAUUUAACUUCUCACAGCUUGCAAGCCCAACCACUGCGGCCCAGAUGAGCCUGUCAAAUCCAACCAUGCUACGGACCCACAGCCUUUCCAAUGCAGAUGGUCCCUAUGACCCCUACAGUGACACACGCUUCAGGAACAGCUCCAUGUCCCUGGACGAGAAAAGCAGAACAAUGAGCCGCUCUGGCUCUUUCCGGGAUGGCUUUGAAGAAGUGCAUGGUUCUUCUCUCUCUUUGGUGUCCAGUACGUCAUCUAUUUAUUCAACACCUGAAGAGAAGUGCCAGUCAGAGAUUCGCAAGCUACGAAGAGAGUUGGAUGCAUCCCAAGAAAAAGUGUCAGCUCUGACAACUCAGUUGACUGCCAAUGCUCACCUGGUGGCAGCAUUUGAGCAGAGCCUGGGGAAUAUGACGAUCAGACUGCAGAGCCUGACAAUGACAGCGGAACAAAAGGACUCAGAACUGAAUGAGUUAAGGAAGACCAUUGAGCUGCUGAAGAAGCAAAACGCUGCUGCCCAGGCUGCCAUCAACGGAGUCAUCAACACACCUGAGCUCAACUGCAAAGGACCCGGAGCUGCUCAACCCGCGGACCUGCGGAUCCGAAGGCAGCACUCUUCGGAUAGCGUCUCCAGUAUUAACAGUGCUACCAGUCACUCCAGUGUGGGAAGCAACAUUGAGAGUGAUUCAAAGAAAAAGAAGAGGAAGAACUGGUUACGCAGCUCCUUCAAGCAAGCUUUUGGUAAAAAGAAAUCUCCCAAGUCAGCAUCUUCUCAUUCAGAUAUUGAGGAGAUGACUGAUUCUUCUUUACCUUCUUCACCGAAGCUGCCACACCAUAACACUACUGUUUCAACACCAUUGCUGAGAGCUUCCCAUUCCAACUCUCUGAUUUCUGAAUGCACUGACAGCGAAGCUGAGACAGUCAUGCAGUUACGCAAUGAGCUGAGAGACAAAGAGAUGAAGCUGACUGAUAUUCGUCUAGAAGCCCUUAGCUCUGCUCAUCAGCUUGACCAGCUUCGGGAGGCGAUGAACAGAAUGCAGAGUGAGAUUGAAAAAUUAAAAGCAGAAAAUGAUCGGCUGAAAUCUGAAAACCACGGCAGCUGUAGCAGGGCUCAGUCUCAGGGUUCCAUUUCAUCCUCUCCAAGACAUUCGGUGGGUCUCUCUCAACACAGUUUGAACCUCACGGAGUCAACCAGUCUCGACAUGCUGUUGGAUGACACUGGAGAUGGCUCUGCCCGGAAAGAAGGAGGCAGGCAUGUCAAAAUAGUUGUCAACUUUCAGGAUGAAAUGAAAUGGAAGGAGGAUUUGAGGCCUCGCACCUUCCUUAUAGGCUGCAUCGGAGUCAGUGGCAAGACCAAGUGGGAUGUCCUGGAUGGGGUUGUAAGGCGGUUGUUUAAGGAAUACAUCAUUCACGUGGAUCCCGUGAGCCAGCUGGGGCUGAAUUCAGACAGUGUUCUGGGCUACAGCAUCGGAGAAAUCAAGCGCACUAACAGUGCCGAGACACCUGAGCUGCUGCCCUGUGGCUAUCUGGUGGGAGAAAACAACACUAUUUCAGUUACCAUCAAAGGUAUCUGUGAGAACAGUUUGGAUGGUCUGGUGUUUGAAUCACUGAUCCCAAAGCCUAUUCUGCAGCGUUAUGUCUCUCUCCUGAUGGAACACAGGCGGAUUAUCUUAUCUGGCCCCAGUGGCACUGGUAAAACAUACCUAGCAAACCGCCUGUCUGAGUAUAUGGUCCUCAGGGAGGGCAGGGAGCUGGCCGAUGGCAUCAUUGCGACCUUCAACGUGGACCAUAAAUCCAGUAAGGAACUCCGCCAGUACCUCUCCAACCUAGCAGACCAAUGUAACAGUGAAAAUAACGCUGUGGAUAUGCCUCUUGUAAUAAUUUUGGAUAAUUUGCAUCACGUUAGCUCCCUAGGAGAGAUCUUUAAUGGACUUCUAAACUGCAAGUACCACAAAUGUCCAUAUAUUAUUGGCACAAUGAACCAAGCCACCUCCUCCACACCUAAUCUUCAACUUCACCAUAAUUUCAGAUGGGUGCUAUGUGCUAACCACACCGAGCCGGUCAAAGGCUUUCUUGGCCGUUUCUUGAGAAGAAAACUAAUUGAAACAGAGAUCAGUGGCAGGAUGAGAAAUGCAGAGCUGGUUAAAAUUAUUGAUUGGAUUCCCAAGGUCUGGCAACAUCUGAACAAAUUCUUGGAGGCUCACAGCUCCUCUGAUGUUACUAUUGGUCCACGACUCUUUCUCUCCUGUCCGAUAGAUGUGGAUGGUUCUAGAGUUUGGUUUACUGACUUGUGGAACUACUCCAUCAUCCCAUACCUUCUGGAGGCAGUUAGAGAAGGGCUGCAGUUUCUAGCUCACUUCUUGUUUCUAGACCAGGUUCUAGCUCUCCUGUUGGUUCUAGACUACGUUCUAGCUCGCUUGUUGGUUCUAGAUCACUUCAUGGUUCUAGGCCACUUUAUCGUUCCAGAUCAGGUUCUAGAUCUCAUUCUAGAUCACUUCGUGGUUCUAG